GUAACGUCGUUACAACAAACGUAACAACUUCAGAGUUCUUUAUUUCCUCUCUCUUCAAAGAUCUAUGUACUCCAUUUCCUCUUUCUUCAAAGACCUCUGAGUUUGACUCCAUGGAAACAAUGAUUUUUACAAAGCUUACAUCUCUAAAUUUUUUAUAACAUGAGUAUGUAGAAUUUGUAAAUUUGAGAAGCCCUUCUUCGCUUCAGGUUGUAGAUAUGUGGUUGUAGCAACUGUCUUAAUCAACCGCGUAGUACGUACCUUCUUCCUCCUUUACUCCUUCUUCAUUCUUCAAGUCAUUUCAAUGGAAAUUUCACCACCACCACCAUUUUCGACGGCUUUGCCGCCGAAUUAAACGAAAACCCUAAGAAUAAAUAAAGUAAAGCCGCUGAAUUAAACGAAAAUCCUAAGUUUAAGUGGAGAAAAAGGGUAUGGUAAACCCUAAAGGGUAAGUGAGAUUUCUCCCCUCCAUUGAUAUCUCCAUUAAAGCUUACAAGAACUUGUUGAUUCUCUAUUUUACAAUGUUUUGUAGAUGCUUCUAGCGAUUAGGGGAGGCUGGGGUAUUGUUAUUGUUGAUGGGAUCAAUAAUUGGGUUGCUGUUGUGUUGUUUAGGGGUUAAUAACUGGGUUGAUAUUUUUGAGGUUUGUGAAGAAGAUGAAGAUGACUAGCUGCCGUUUUCUCCAUGUCCAACUACUCCGUUUGUAGUGUUUAACAGAAUACAUAAUAAAGUUACUAAAACACCCAUGAUUUAUGAGUCGGACGUUAAUGACCUGCGAUAAGUUAAGGACGUUUCUCAUGGAGAAAAACUUGGAUUUUCUCUAUAUUUAAUACUGGACCAAAACAAAAUCAAUAAGGGUUAAGGUCGGUUAAUAGUCCUCUAAUAGUUAUCAAAUUCUAGUUUGUUACGGAGUACAUGUGAGAGUGUGCGGGACUUGAUUUAGUUGAAUACACCCGUUAUAUAUAAGACCGACCCUACGGAAAGAUAAAGACAAAAAACAAGAAGUGAAUCCGGGGGCAGUUUUUCCCUCCCUCCUUGCAAUAUCUCCUUUCUCCAGUGUCCACUUUCUCACUCCUCCGUGUCACUUUUCGGCGGUCUGAAGCGUUUUUCAGUUUCGAACAUUCGCUCACCAUUUAUCCGUCAUUUCCUAAGACAAUCCUUCUCUCUCCCCUUUCUCUCUCUACCAGAUUCUCCAUUUUUUCUCUCUGCCGACCAUGAAUGAGGUUAAGAAAGAUGAACAUUAUAUUGCUGACUUAGCAUAUGGAAGCUCUGAUGCUAGACAUAUGUGGGCUGAACCUAAAGAAGAUCAAGCUUCUGCACUGUAUUUUGAUGCAAACUUUGAGGAUGCAUUCAAAAUUGAUGAUAUAUCUUCAGUAUUUCAUUAUGAGCUACUUGCCGAAAAUGGUGGGCUGAAUUCCUAUAUGACUGAAGAAGGGAAAGGCGAAAUAUUAUGCAGUGAUUUUGAUGGAAUUCUGCAUGAGGAUAAAUUAACCAACCUACCUCUUGCUGUUAGUAUCUCACAUGCAUCUGAAGAUCACUAUUUGGAUGUUGAUUUUGAUAAAAAGGUCCCUGAUCUGGACUGUAAAUUCUAUGAUGAGUUAAGUGUCGGUAACUUGAGAUCUGAGAUCCACUCUCCAGAAACUAGCAAUGAAGAAGUUGGGGUAUCUGAAUCAUCCGUACUAGUGCCUCGAUGUUUUAAUGAUCAGUUUGGAAAAACUGCUAAAGAAAUGCAUGGUGACUUGGGGAGCAAAUGUAGGUAUCAGAUACCACUGGAGGAUAAUAUGGGUUUAAAAUGUUCUCUUGUUAGUGAUGUUAAAUAUGUUCAGGACACUAAUGAUGAUCGAAAUACUUUGGAGAUCGGAAGUUCCUUCAAUGACGAUAGAGAUAACACACAUGUUUCUUUCCCUUGUGUUAAACCACCAUACAUUUCCAUAUAUACACAUGAUGAAGUUGGCUCAGCAAGUCAAUGCACAGAUGUGGAUGAUUUUUGUGUGGAAGACCCGUCAACUGACAGUUGUGCUGAAACUAAAAUAACCCGAGCUAGACAAAGAAGAUUGUGCAGACCUCCGCAGAGGUAUCUAGAUGGAACUUCAUCGUUGAAGUUAAGGCUUCAUAAUGCUAAGAAACAUCCUAGCAGCUUAUUAGAGGAUAAAGAUCUUGGAGCUAGGUUUCUGAAGAAGCACAGCAGAAAAGCAUUGGAAGUAAAAGCGUCAAAGACCUGGGCAAGUGAUAUGGAAUUAGAUUCAGAUGAGGAAUAUGAGCCUGUUGAGUCUAGCUUCAAUGGCAGAAAGUUAAAAAGGAAUGACAGAAGGAAGAGUUGCCAGCCCUGGACUUUGGAUGAGGUAGUAGCAUUGGUUGAUGGAAUGUCUCAGUUUGGUCCAGGACAAUGGACUGCUGUAAAGAAAACCUUCUUCUUAUCUUCUCGUCGUACAGCUACUGAUAUCAGGGAUAAGUGGCGGAACCUUGUAAAGACUAAUUGUAGAAGUUCAAAGGGGAAAAAGGAUGAUCAGAGGAAUAAUUCGCAUGUGUUGCCAAAUCCUGUAAUAGAACGAGUAAGGGAACUUGCUAGUGCUCCUCCUGUUCUGAGGGGUAGAGGUAGAGGUAUCCGAAAACUUUCAGCUUUAAAAUGCCCUGAUAUGUCCCCUUGUUUAGCUGAGUGAGGCAGUUCUGUUAGUCACUACAGAAGCGGCAUUUGAUGAGUAGUUAGAGGCAAAGAUUUGUAAUUGUUGAGAUGAUAUAAUCUUUUUUACCUGAUACAAUUGAAUUCAGUGGUCUAAAUUUCGACCCUUACUAGGCUGAUUUAUCAAGAGUUCUCAAUAGCUUUUUUGCAUCAGAAAAGGAACGGAAACCAUACAGCAUAGUUAAUGCUUUAGUCAUCUUCCAUCUACAGAGUAAGGAUAUGUAAAAACCUUGAUAGUGUGGUAGCUGCAUUACUUGAGUUGCCAUUGUUGCCAUCAUCUGCCAAUUGUAUGUCUCUAAACAUGUAAAGUCUUCUGUUAGAAUGGAGAUGUAUGGGCGUUGUUAUCUUUUCA